AAGAGAUGUUUUCAGACUUUUUAAACAGACAACUGCUACUUGAACAAAAUGUAAACAAUAAAGACUUCCGUUAUUCUUCACGCAAUAUGUUAAUUCGCCAGUGUCUCCGUUUAGAGGAAGCAGUCUGUCAACGGCAAAACGGAACCUGAAGUCAAUGCCAAGAACCAAAACGCUCAGCACGCUAAGUUUCUCCCGGUGCUCUUUCCGGAAGUCUCCUUCUCAGCAGAUGCGGUUGGCUCGCCCUAGUUCCGAGGGACAUUUUGUUCCGGACUGUAAACUGUAAAUCUCCGGCUUGGGCUCUGCGGCCGCUUUUGUUUCGCUUUGCCGCCGCCGCCAUGAUUCCCAUGCCCAUGGUGGUCUGCGUGCUGGGGGGCUGGUGCGCCGUAUACAUAGCCGACACGGUACUGAAGUCAUCUUCUUCUCUGAAAGAGUCUUACGAGGAAUGGCUUGUAUCCUAUGGACUGACAGUCUCUCCAUUCCAUAUGCGAUGGCAGACGGCUUUUUUCAACCGCCUAUUCUACAACUGGGGAAGAUGGAAGCCCAGAUUUCUUUAUCUCUGGUUUAACAUAGGGAUGGUUUUUGGAAUAGCAGCUAUGUUUGGUUCUGUGGUUCUGCUUGGGAAGACACUGAUGCAGACUCUGUCACAGAUGCUAACUGAAAGUCCUGCAAGUCAAAAUGAUCAAAUGCUGCAGGUUGUGGUGCCUGGUGUAAACCUUCCCAUCAGCCAGCUGUCCUAUUUCUUCACAGCAAUCCUCAUCAGUGGUGUUAUACAUGAAGUUGGCCAUGGAGUGGCAGCUAUUAGAGAGCAAGUUCGGUUUAAUGGCUUUGGAAUUUUUAUAUUUAUUGUCUAUCCCGGAGCAUUUGUUGACCUAUUCACUACCCACUUACAACUAAUUUCUCCCAUUCAGCAGUUAAGAAUAUUUUGUGCAGGUGUCUGGCAUAACUUUGUGCUUGGUGUUGGAAGUCUUGUAGUUCUCUUCUUCCUGCCUGCUAUUCUUUACCCAUUUUAUUACACUGGUGCAGGGGCACUUGUUACUGAAGUCACUCAGGAUUCUCCUGCUAAUGGGCCUAGAGGCCUUUUUGUUGGUGACCUUGUCACUAGUCUGCAAGAUUGCUCAGUUCAUAGUGUGGAAGACUGGAAUGCCUGUUUGGGAAAAAUCUAUCAGAAGCCACAAACAGGCUAUUGCAUAAAAACAUCAAUACUACAGCAGUUAAGCUUCCCAACUAGAGGCUUUAAAAGACUUGAUGGCACUGUUGAAUGUUGCAGCAACAAUAGCCUCACAGACGUCUGCUUUUCAUACAGUAAUAAUCUGAACAGCCACCUGAUCCAGUAUGCUUGUUUGCCAGCACGGAAAACUAUUGAGGCCAGCCAGCUCUGCCAAACUAACAAAGAUUGCCCAAAGGAUUUUAUUCCAAGUACGUGUGUGACGCCUUCCUUGGAAAAUCAAACCAGACUCAUAAGGGUGAAGCAUCCUCCUCAAAUUGAUAUGCUGUUUGUUGGUCAUCCAUUGCAUCUCCAGUAUACAGUGAGCCUCAGCAGUUUCAUACCUCGAUACAGCUUUCUAACUUUGGACCUGCCUGUGAUAAUGGAAACAUUUUGCAAAUAUCUGAUUUCACUCUCUGGAGCACUGGCUGUUAUUAAUGCAAUUCCCUGCUUUGCUUUGGAUGGUCAAUGGAUACUGAAUUCUUUCUUAGAAGCUACUGCUAGCACAUUUAUUGUUGAAAAACAAAACAGGGAGCUUCUUGGCUUCUUAAUUUUACUUGCUGGCAGUGCACUUUUGGCUGCUAAUGUGGCUCUAGGACUCUGGGUUGUUACAGCACGAUAACAUAGCAUAUUUUGAUAUUUAUUAUGCUGAUGUAGAAAACAUUGAAAUACAUCACCUUCUAAAAAUGAGAGUUGGGUGGGUCAAUGGAAAAAAAGAUACCUUUAAUCUUUUUUAAGAUUGUGUCCAUAGAUACCCCAAACAUUUUUCUUAUUACUUUUAAAGUUCUCUUCCCCAGCCAGUUGAGGCAUAUUCAGCAUUUCUUGUUUGGGCCCCAUAUGGCUCCAGAGGCAUUUUCAGGAAAUGAAGUGGUGCCCAGAGCUCAGUGUAUGUGAUUGCACGAUAAAGCCAAAAGGAAGAAAAUUGGGCACUAUUGCUGCUUAGUAAGCUUGGACACAUUAGGAACAAUGUGGAAGAGUGAGAUAGUAGUAGAAAAGUGUGACAUACCCCUAGUUUUGGUACGGCAUCACAGUGUCCCUAAAGCAUCUAAAAAUUGAUUCCACACUGAGAAAUAAAUAAAUGAAAUCCAGCUUUUUCCCCCCUGAAGAACCUCUUCCAUAUAAUCACAUUUGCAUACAAAAAUGGUAAAAGCCAGACUGCCUCUUUAUAAUUCCAAAAGUCAUUAGGAAAGUGGAUUUAGUCUUAAAAAAAAAAUUGAUUUGUUGGCUUGAUACAUUGAAUCAUAGAUGGAGCAUUCUUGAUUGGCAAAACAACAGUAUGCCUUUUCUCCUACCUUACUGUGCUAUGGCAACUUUUUCUCAGUUUUACAGAACAUUAAGGAUAAAUAGAAGACUGCCACUUCCUAAUAAGCCUCUUCUAUAGCUAUAGGUUUGGUUUUAGAAGAAAUUUCCCAUUAAACCUACAUGUUUAUACUGACUACAUAAUUAUACUGCUAUCCAUUGUGUAUAUGGAUUUGCAGUUCUGCAAUACUGGGCUUUGGACAGGAAGACCCAAAGCACCUUACCUUUGUUUUCCUGGAGCUGGGCUAAAGAGGGAAGGCCUGCAUAGAAGGGCUGAGAUCUCAAGUAGAUAGUCAUAUGUCAGGAAGUUCAGCCUAGCUGGUGGCUGCCUAUCAUAAUUAACUUUUGCUGCUGAAUUUCCCAGAGGUUUUAAGUGAUUUCCCCCUGCAAUUAGUAAGAAGAAAUUACAGUGCAAGUUGACCAUUGUCAUGGGGUUGGAGAUCAGUGGUGAAAUUACUAGAACUGUUGAGUGAAAUAGCAGAAGGUCUUGGGAAAAAAAUAAGGCAGAAUGUUGGAUAUACAUGAUUGCCAAAUAUGUGUGUUUAGUUAGUUGAUUUGGGGGUGACUUUCCUAUUAAUGCAGAAUCAAAAUAUGGUUUUGGGGCUCAGGCCAUUGUCUUUGACUUGUAUUUGGGAUCGUAAGUGGACUGUCUUCUGUAAAUGUAAACAGCCUAUUUAUGAAUGGAUUUCCAUUUUAUGAUCAUGCUUUCUUAUUUCCGAAUGAGCCCAAACUGAAAGGCCAACUAUUACCUUGUAAGUAUAAACAAUUCAAGACUUAAUGAUUGUAAAUGAAAGACUUUUCCUUUUAGCAUUUGUUCAAAAAUGAGUAUGCAUGGACUUUGGAUUCCCAGUAACAUAUUCAUAACUAGAUGGAAUUAUUACAUUCCUUUAAAUUAGGUGAAAUAUAUAUCUGUGGAUAUAUUUCUUCACUGUGUAACCUUCUGUACCAGAGGUCAUGCCUCAAUAUGGAUUUUGAAUGAUCUGACAUGAUUUUUCUGAAAAGUAUGUCUGUACUUCUUGUUGUUGGUAAAAAAAAAAAAGUUAUAUUUUGCUGAAGAUUCAAAGCUGAGAAUCAUGUUUCAAUACUGUAUAUCAUAGGAUUCUUUUUUGCAAAUGCUACUGAUUUUGUUUUCCUUUGUAAAGUAUGUUCUACUUGUGUAUUUCCUCAUUUUUCACAUUUAGUAUAUUUGUACAGCUUUUAAUUCCAACCCUACCUAUUCAGUUUUAUUAUGGAGUUCUUACAGGUGGAGUAGGACUAUGUGUCAUCAUGAUGGUGUUUGAAUGCUCUUGGGCCUACCUAGAGAGCUGUUCACAAGAAAAUUAUUCUUAUGUGGUUGGGAAAACUUAGAAAAGGCCUCGUAGGCAUUGCUACAAAUUGCUGUUCUGAAUGUGAGACAUGGGAGAAAUGAUGGAUUUCCAUUUUGUAAAAUACAGACUACAAAGAUACAUACUAGAGAAGGGAAAUAGUGUCGAUGUGAAGGCAUAUUUUCCAUGGCUUGUAUGGGAAAGGUUUCCUGAUAGAGUAGGCAUAUAUAAAUUUAAAUAUAAACCUAAAAUAAGUGCCAUUGAUAAUUUAUAGUUUAUUCAUUUUAACAGUUGUAUCAAAUGGGAAACUAGGGUUUUAUAUUCAGACAGAUUGUACAUACUUUAAUUUAGGCAGAUAUCCUAAACAUACUUAAGGAAUAAGUCCCACCGAGUUCAAUAGAUAUUUAUUCUGAGCAAACAGGCUUGGGGUUGCACUGCACAAUUAUAGUAAUGACUUUUUGUGAUCAAUCUCCAGGUUCAUGUAGAGAUUACAUAUUUAUUUUUACUGAAGAAUCUAAUUAUGAUUAUUGUAACUGUAUAAUCAUGUCUGCUGUACUAGAUUACAAAAUAAAGAUUUGUUUACUUCAAGCUACAUUUCUCCAAAGCUUAUAUGCUGGUUUGCAGAACUGUUACUUUAGCUAUUGAACUUAAUAUUGACCAUUUUGCGGCUAGACAAAUAGCAUAGUUUGCAAGUUCUGUUGUAAAUGGAAAUUAGGCCGGGGCCUAAUUACAUAGCCUUAUUAAUAAAACAAACACAUUUUAAUAGCUAUUAAUGAUCAAAGGAAAUAUUGUAUAUGGUUAGUCUUUAUGUUAAUGUAACUUUUGGCCUACUGAAAGAUAUUAGCUUUUUUCCUCACACCGUACAAACAGACAUAUGAAUGACUGAGUCUGAAUUCAGACUUGAUUCUUAACAUCUGGGGCUGCAAUAUACCAUGUGAAUUAAGCUUAGUUCUGAAUAGACACAUUUAGAUUUGUACUAAAAAUAACAUUUGGAUAUUAAAAGGCCACAUGGAGAGCCUUAGAACAAUUGUUGUAAUUUCUUUUAAUAGUAAUUAACAAUAGAAACCCACACAAAAAGCCACCCAGACUCGGUUUGGAGGGGCAGUGCCAGUCAAAUAAAUAACAUACUUCAACAACUUCUAAUUCAUAAUAUUUAUUUCAACAAAGUUAUUUUUUAUGAACUUUUGAGGACUCUGGUAUGUGGAAGAUUUUCAAGGUGUUUUUCAACAAUACCUGAAAUAGUUUUCAACUGCUUUUGGGUAAAUGCUUGAAUAAUAUUUAACUUGCAUGCCAGUAGGUACAGCUAUUCCAAUUUGAUGCUGGCAUUUCUGCCCAGCAGUAUAAUUAAAUGAUGGUGAAAAAGUUAAAAGAUAAAAGACUCAUUCUUAUAAGGGAAACUUCAGUACUUUGAGAGAAAAAUAAAAACAGAUCUCCAUUUAGUUCUGCAGUAUUAAUUUUGAUUCAUUAGAGUUUUGCAGUUAAAAGUUACUUUAAAAUAGUGUCUGACAUCUCCAGUAAUCUUCAAUGUUUGACCUUGUAAAGAAACUGCUGCUGAUAGUAGGAUUGUCCUCCAGGCCCCAGCUAGAAGCUAGUUGUUUCAAAAAGUAUUCAAUAAUUAACUAGUUUAACUGAGGAGCUGACAUACUUAGAAAAAUGCAGAUUUAAAACUACUUUUUGAGUUUUGGUAUUUUCUGCUUCCAUUUCUAUUAUGGAGGAGAAAAAUUAAAGAGAAAUGAACUUAAAUGGAAAUGCUGUAAACUAAAUCCUAUCAACUAUGUUUUUGAGUGAAUUUAUAGGAUGAUCUUACGAGUUAAAAAAAAAAUCCACUCAGUUCAGUGGGCAGACUUUCUAUUUUAAAUAUUCAUUUCUCUGUGGAAGGUAAGUCAAUUACAUAAUUGAGAGUUUAUAAAA